AUGCCUACUAUCAUAGCUUCCUUCGGUGUCAACAUUGCUGUGGCCAUCCUCUACCUCAUGGUCAUCGGUAUAGGUCUUGACUAUGCCCUUCCCGCUGUCUUCUCCAACGCCAACGUCAUCAUCCCUAUCUUCAUGGGCACUGUCUGUGUAGCCAUCAACUACUACACACAACUGGCUGCCUCAAGCACUCUAGCCACUGCUGUAUCUGAUAUCCGUGUUGAUAAUAAGGAUGCUCGCAAUUUGUUUAUUAGGCUGAAGUCGGAGCUCGACAUGCUCCGCUUCAACCAUACAGAACUCUUGGAUUAUUGUGAGGAGCUUCAAGAUGAGAACGCCAUCCUCGCAGAGAAGAUUCUAAUUUUUCAAGGAAGAGUAAGGAGGGGUUGA